UUGUUGCGGUACUAGCAAAGCGAUUUCGCGCGCUUGGAUAUUUUCCCGCGAAAAUGGUGUGGGCGGCGAGCGCGUGACGAGAUAACGGAUCUACUAGAAGGCCCUCAAGACGAGAUCCUUCAACUAGAACCCGAAAAUCAGGCUCGAACUACACGCCUUCAGAAUCGCCAAAAGACACCAUUCCAUUUCAGGGUUCUAGUGUCGUUCUUCCUGUUUUUAGUUCUGCUUGUUUUAGGGACAAUGGUUUAUUUUGUGUAUGCGAAAUAUGCAAGUGAAUCGUAACGAGCUGGUGGGACAACAAUCUUCAACAUCUCAAAAAAGGUUUUUCUGUUUGGAUCAUCAAGCGAUGGAGGUGGACCAGCAUAAAAUCCAAGGUGACGUGACUGGCCAAUUGUCGUGGAAGGAUCAAUUAAAAGCCUCUGACGAAGUUCCAUGUAAUGAAGUAGAUUGCUCAGACCAGUACUCUGUAAUGAUGACACAGAUCACAGAGAUAGAGAAAAGCCUGGAUGCAGUCAAACACAAGCUUCGAGCUGCCAGUGUGAAAUGUCACAUGUUAAACGUGGAUGUGGUGACUAUGUUCAACCCGGAGACAGUAGACACCUUGAACAAGAUCGUGGAGGAUUGUGAAGCUUGCACAAAGACCAUGAAUGAUAUGGUAACUGAAGACAUCCAAGUUACCUAGCAAUGUGGAUUCUCAUAGCCAAAUGGCUGCCAUUAUAAGAAAUGGCAGACAAAGCACAAGUGGAAAUCAAAACGUUUACCAUUUGAGAUUUAAAAUGAUCCUGACUCGUUGAACAGCUAUUUAAUGCCUUGUUUGCAAUUCCAUACUUUGUAUAUGUAAACAGUCUAUUUAUUCUUUUAAAUCUAUUUUUACAAAAUAAACAUAUAAAACUACAAAAUA